AUGGCGUCGCACGUCGUUGUCAUCGCCACGGAUCUGAGGCGCACAACCGUCAAAGUCAACCCCGGCACAUACCUAUCAGAUGUUCUCCAGGAAGCUUGCAAGAAGCUCAGCCUAGACAGCGACAAGUUCCUGCUAAAACACAAGCAGAAACAAGUCGACCUUUCUGUGCCCUUCCGCACCUCUGGCCUCAUCGCCGGCGCCAAACUGGAGCUCGUACUAAAGUCAAAGACUCCCUCCGCUGUGCAAAUCGCCCUACAAAUCCCCCAACCCGAAGCCAAAGAAAUCCCCGGCGGCCGAUUAAUCAAAAAGUUCCCCUCCGACUUGUCAAUAUGGCAGGUGCUGCGACAAUUUGAGAGCGGCGAGGCGAGCGCGGGCAAGAACAUCAACAUCACCGCCAGGGGCGUGGCCCAGACGGUCGACACCAACAACUCUGGCGCCGGCCAGCUGUACUACGAAACACCGGUCUUGAACAUCAUGGGGAGGGAGCUUGGGUCGUUUGCCGACUUUCAGAAGACGCUGUCGCAGCUGGGCCACAACUCUGGCAAUGUCCUGAUACGGCUGACGUUUAGGAGGACUGAACAGACGCUGUACGAGGCCAUGGAGCAGAUUGGUGUCUUUUUCAAGGAGGAGGCGAAGAAGAAGGAAGAGGAAAAGGAGACUCCUUCAGCAGAGUCCACAUUGCCCGAAGUUAAUAAUUCGGACCCCCAGUCACGCCUCCAACCAGUUAAUGUAUUCCUCGCCCCCACGAAUUCGACUCCUGCUGCUGCUCUUCUCCCAGCCGAAGACAGUGAUUUCACACCGACCGUCGCUCACGCCCAGCUGCAUCAACAGCGCCUGCUAGAAAGCUCUCGCAAUAAGCGGCUCCUAUCCGACAGAGAAAUCGAGGAAAAGGAGGCCGCUGAGCAAGCCAAGAUUGAUGCCGUCAAGUCUGUGCUCAUCAAGGUGCGGUUCCCAGACAAUACCAGCAGCGACUGGGAGAUUGGUCCGUCAGACACAGGUGCCUUCUUGUAUCAAGCCGUGCGACACGUCAUGGCCAGCAAUGAGCAUUCCUUCCAUCUCGUCAUUCCUGGUAGUAAGACGGUGAUUAAGGACGACGAUACCCCCAAGCACAAUCUAAUACGGGCGUAUAAGCUCUCGGGCAGGGUGCUCGUUAGUCUAGUGUGGAAUGAUGGUGUGCCAGCUGACGUUCGAAAACGGCCCUUUCUCAAGUCCAACUUUGCUCAGCAGGGCCAGGAAAUCAAGGUGCCUGAGAUUCCGACGGCUGAGGAUGAUAAAGACGGACCAUCGGUGGCACCCAAGGUUCAACAGGCGCCGACGAAUAGAGAAGGGGGGGAGGGUUCUGGGAAGAAGAUGCCAAAGUGGUUUAAGCUUGGAAAGAAAUGA